UCUGGUGAGGAACAAGCUCCGCCCGCCGCUCGGUGCUAGCAGUUAGCGGUUAGCUUAGCAUGGCGGAGGGCAGCAGCAGCAGCGGCAGCCUGCCGCCGGGAGACCCGCAGCUCAUCGGGAUGAUCGUGGAGCACCUGAAGAACCGCGGCCUGUUCGACGAGUUCCGGCGGGACUGCCUGGCUGACGUAGACACCAAGCCGGCCUUCCAGAACCUCCGUCAGAAGGUGGACAACUACGUCACGUCUCACCUGAGCACCCAGGACUGGAACCCCAGCAUCAACAAGAACCAGAUGAGGAACGGCCUGAGACAGAGCGUGGUGCAGUCUGGGAUGCUGGAGUCCGGGGUGGACCGGAUCAUCACUCAGGUGGUCGAUCCGAAGAUGAAUCACACGUUCCGGCCGCACAUAGAGACGGCCAUCCACGACUUCCUGUCGGGGGAGCGGCGGGACGAGAGCGCCGCCAGCGCUGCUCCGCCCCCGGAGCUGACGGAGGCUCCGGACGCCACGCAGGCUCCGCCCACAACGCCCCACACACACUCUUUGUCUCCACCAAUCACAGCGCAGCGUUCCGCAGCUUUAAUACUCAGCCUGCAGCUACAACACACACACACACACAGACCAGGACCAGACAGACCAGGACCAGAGGAACCAGGACCAGAAGGACCAGACACAGACCAGAGGGACCAGGACCAGACAGACCAGGACCAGAGGAACCAGAGGGACCAGAGGGACCAGAGGACCAUGUGGUCUGGCCGGGUCCUGCUGCUGCUGCUGGUGUCCUGUGAGCAGCUGCUGACUCUGGACCUGCAGGAUGAUCAGGAGAAACUCUUAAGUCCAGCCAAGAGACGCCUGUCCCCCCAGAGCUCAGCAGAGAUCCAGAGCUGCCUGGUGAGUUCAGGGACCGAUGUGGGCUGUGGGACGUUCCAGUGUUUCAACAACAACUCGUGUGGUAUUGUGGGUCUGCAGCACAUCUGCCUCACGCUGCUGCAGCACGCCGCCCGCUACGACUCGCAGGGUAAGAUGAUAGUGAAGGAGGCGCUGCGGUGCCUGGCGUUGGGGCUCCGUCAGCGGUUCAGCUGUGUGAGCCGGCGGUGCUCGGCCGUGAAGGAUCUGGUCUUCUCUCUGCAGAGGGAGUGUUACUCCAAACACCAGCUGUGUCUGGCUCUACGGGACCACAUGGACUCCACCGCAGACCUGGUCCACUUCAGCCUCAUGUUCCCCCCCGGGCCGUACGUGGAGCUGAUGAACUUCCUGCUGCAGUGUGGUGAUGCGGCGCGGCUCUGGGUGGGCCGCCGGCUGCAGGGGCAGUGCCAGCACCACUGGGGGGCGCUGUGCGGCGGCUUCGGCGGCGCCUGCUCUCACAACCAAUCGGACGUCCGGCAGCACAGCACCGCCCCGCCCCCCACCGUGCCCCGGCCUAUCACUGCUCAGGACCCGCCACAGCAGCAGCCAACCGGAGCGUCCGGACAGACAGACAACGGGACGGAGAGACAGACGGUGUCCCCGGACAUCCCUGCUGCUUAGAGACAGCCAGGCCACAGAUCAGCACUUAUUACUGGUUAUAACUGGUUAUUACUGGAUAUAACUGUUAUUACUGGUUAUAACUCGUUAUUACUGGAUAUAACUCGUUAUUACUGGAUAUAA